AUGCCCGGAGCUCGAAAAGCCUCAGUUCCUGCCGAUCUGUUCCUCUUCCCCGGGUUCGGAGGCCACCUGGGCCGCAGGGUACACCUGCCACUCUCACCGCCCUCGCAGCCUCUAGCUGUCCGCGGGUCCCAGCCGCGGGGGGAGGGGACGGCGCGGAAGGAAGGAGGGAGCCGGGUGCGCGGCCGCGCGCGGGAGGGGGUGGGGACUGAGGGGCGGUGCCUGCGUGCGCCGCAGGAGUGCGCGCGCCGCCGUCGCGUCACCAGCGUGCGGCACGUGCCCGUGUUUACGUCCCUCGUGGAGCCGCCGACGUCAGCAGCCGAAUGGCAACAUUGUGGCGAUGCUGAGGCGCGGAGUCUAGGAGACGCGUCCGUCAGUCAGGCCGGCGCGGUUGGUCGCCAGGAGGACGAGUUGGGGCGGGGAGAUCGGCUGGACGAGCGGCAGAGACCCACACACACCGCCUGCCGACCCCGCGGGACCCCCGCCUCGCCUCUGGAGCGCCACAGACGCGAACCCGCGGCCUCGCGCGGGGGGGGGGGCGGCCGGGCGGCUCGAGGCGCUGCGCAGCGCGGGGCUUGUAAACAGAUCCGGCCGCACCCGCGCCACAAAGGAGCUCGGGGUCCAGGUGCGGAGGGGCGGGCGACGGGGCCAGCCGGCGGCGCGCUAAGAUGGCCGAAGGCGCCCGGCGAGGGUGAGCGGGGGACGCGGCGCAGCCAGCCGGGGAGUCCUCGGGCGGGCCGGGCCGGCGGCCGGCCCCCGCGGCCCGGCGCCGGAGCCACCACGUCGUUCGCGGUGGAGGAGACGCUCGAGUCGGACUGGGUGGCUGUGCGACCCCAUGUGUUCGACGACCCCGAGAAGCACAAGUUCUUUUUCAUUGUGGCCUGGAACGAGAUUGAGGGCAAGUUUGCCAUAACCUGCCACAACCGGACGGCCCAGAGGCAGAGGAGCGGCUCCCGGGAGCAGGCGGGGGCGCGAGGGGGCGCCGAGGCCGGCGGAGCCGCGUCCGACGGGAACCGAGGGCCGGGCCGAGGCCACUGGCGCUGUGACUCCGGUGAGGGGGGACCUGCUGCGCGGAGUCCGGCCGGCAGAGGGGCGGAGAGUUCGUUCAAGAGCCCCUUGCGGGCCAAGCCCACCCCGGCCCGGAGGGGAUCUGCAGGCAGAGAUGCGGCGCCUGCGGCAGCCCCGCCGACGCCCAGGGAAGCCCCGGUGUCCUCGGUGCGGUUAGUGAGCGCCUCCGGGGCGGACUCCGAGGAGAUCGAGGUGCUGGAAAUGGCGAGGGAGGACGAGGCGCCCCUUGGGCUCCCGGACGCGGAGCAGCCGCCGGCCGCCGCCGAGCUGGAGUCUCGGCUCUUCCCCUUCCAGGAUCUGCGCGCCGUGCACCAGCAGCUGUGCUCCGUGAACUCGCAGCUGGAGCCGUAUCUGCCCGUGUUCCCCGAGGAACCGUCGGGCAUGUGGACCGUGCUGUUCGGGGGCGCCCCCGAGAUGACAGAACAGGAGAUCGACACUCUGUGUUACCAGCUCCAGGUGUACCUGGGCCACGGCCUGGACACCUGUGGCUGGAAGAUCCUCUCCCAGGUGCUGUUCACCGAGACCGACGAUCCCGAGGAGUAUUACGAGAGCCUCAGCGAGCUGCGGCAGAAGGGCUACGAAGAAGUGCUGCAGCGGGCCAGGAAGCGCAUCCAGGAGCCAGCCACCAAAAAAAGAAAAAGAGAGAAAGUCCUUUUUGGAGGUGAAAUCAACCCAAGAGUCCAUUAACAGAGGGCCAGGAAGGAAUACUGGGAGAAUCUUUGGAUAGCCACAAGCAGGGCAUACAACCCUUCGAUGUCAAAGGCAGAUGCCUGGGGA